CCCUGUCGAUGCCCCCCGCGUGGCGGCGCCAGCCUCAGAGCCCUGAUGAGGCGCGCAGCUGCAGCGGUGGCGGAGACCUCAACUACGUCCUGCCAGCCUUCGAGCGUUCCAGCAGCUCGCUCAGCAACGGCAGCGUGCUUUCGUCGCCGCAGCUGGGCCGGCCCUGCCAGUCGGACCCCGAGCGCCUGGGCAGCCACGCCGAUGCGUCAUAUGAGGACGCCAACUACGUUCGUGUCACGACAGCUGUCCAUAGCAAGGGACGCGUAUCCUUUCGGAAACCCGCCAGUCCACCUCUCGUGCAGCUCCUCAGCACGACUGGCACGCUGCCGCACGACAAGAAGCUCCAAGAGAUACGACGAGCUGAAGGCUACAUCGAGGUCUUGCCGACGUAAGUCGUCGUCACCCUACCCGAGUGUGCACUCUGGCUUGCAACGUAUCACCGAAGUGCAGGAUCUGCAGUCACGUUUUCCUAGGCCUGUCGAUUCACACGUGGAGCCGCUUAACUCCAGCUCUGUACGAAUAAGAAUCUGGUCAUGCCAGGCCCGAACGAAAGCGGAGCU